GUUUUCAAUACCCCGGUACUCCCGGUAGUUUCAUGAGCGGCGCUGACUUGUCGUUGGUGUGUGUAUGUGUAUAACAGCUGUAUAUCAAGUUCGUUGCGUUUUUGGUACGGUUUUUGGACGGCUGUUCUCGUACGGAAACCGAACGACCGGAGGCGUUUUCUGUGGAGUGGAGGUGGAGGAUCAUCGCGGACUGAUCGGGCGAACCCGGUGAAGCGAGCGAAGAAGUAAAGAAGAGAAAGCGUGUUUCCGAAGCGCGCGGGUGCUAUGCCUCACCCACAAUCGGCAGAGGUGCCAUCAAGAUCGGUCACCCUGCUCCGACGAUCGCGGGGAUUCGAGAUGUAGCCCCUCUUCCUCUCCUCCACCCGCCUAAUCCCGCUGCUCCAGUGCUCCUGCUUCUUGUCCCGCUGAGUCCUGAAGAAAAUACACGCACACACACAUACACACACACACGCUCUCUUUCUCUCUCUCUUUUUUCUCUCUCUCUAUAUCUCUCUUUCGCAUUGUCGUCGCAACACCCUGGUCACAUCGAUGCGUCGUCACGCAACAUCGACGGGCUUUCGUGCAACAACGCUCACGGAUCUUGAUCGCCGCAUCGAGCCACCUGCGACUACGUCGCUCUCCUCAUCGUCAUCAUUAACAUCAUCGCUGUCUCUCACAACAAGUGCCUUCUCUCGACUUCUGUCGUUCGGCCGUGUGGGCCUUCCGGUCGCAGGGAAGGCGGGCGUGGACGUUUUACCUGCCGACGACGAUCUUAGAUCGUACCUUUGUCUAAUCCUGCCUGUGCAUCUCGAGAGAUGAAUCAGUUGGUUAAAACGGAGAUGUAUUGCUGAAAAACAGCACGAAAAACAAAGGGUGAUUGUUGUUCGAGUGGCGAUCCUCGGUAACAUAACCUAAAAGGCAAAAUGUCUCAACUAAACAUCAACACUGGCAAGCGAGGGAGAGGAGUCGCAAGUACCUCCGCGUCGUCCGUAUCCGCCAUGAGCAGUUCCACCGAUCUGGCAAGCCUUUUCGAGUGUCCUGUCUGUUUCGACUAUGUGCUUCCACCUAUUCUGCAAUGUCAAAGUGGACAUUUAGUUUGCACAAAUUGCAGACCAAAGCUUUCCUGUUGUCCCACGUGCAGGGGUCCAUUGGGUAACAUUCGUAAUUUGGCUAUGGAAAAGGUAGCGAGUAAUGUAAUGUUUCCCUGCAAAUACUCCACUAGUGGCUGCACAGUUUCGCUGGUACAUACCGAGAAGGCAGAUCAUGAAGAUGCAUGUGAGUUCCGUCCAUACAGCUGUCCCUGUCCGGGUGCGUCCUGUAAAUGGCAAGGAUCGCUGGAGCAAGUGAUGCCGCAUCUUAUUAUGAGCCACAAAAGCAUUACGACUUUACAAGGCGAAGACAUUGUUUUUUUGGCAACUGACAUUAAUCUUCCUGGAGCUGUGGAUUGGGUCAUGAUGCAAUCUUGUUUUGGCCACCACUUCAUGUUGGUGCUUGAGAAACAAGAGAAAUAUGAUGGACAUCAACAAUUUUUCGCGAUUGUACAAUUAAUCGGCUCCAGGAAGCAAGCAGAGAACUUUGCUUACAGGGAUUAUAUGGGAGGUCCGAAAUAUGAAGGAAAAGAGGAUCUAGUUGAUAAAGUAGUCAUUGUGACAGGAGCCAAUUCCGGUAUCGGGAGAGAAACAGUCCUAGAAUUAGCCAAACGUAAUGCAAAAGUUAUUAUGGCAUGCAGGGAUGUGAAAAAAUGUGAAACGGAACGCCGAAUUAUUGUACUCGAAACAAAGAACAAAUACGUUUAUUGUAGGAAAUGUGACUUGGCAUCGCAAGAAAGUAUUAGGAAAUUUGUUACACAAUUUAAGAAAGAGUAUGAUAAACUUCACAUACUUAUUAAUAACGCUGGUGUGAUGAGAUGUCCAAAGAGUUUCACUGAAGAAGGCAUUGAGAUGCAACUUGGAGUCAAUUACAUGGGACACUUCUUACUCACAAACUUGCUUCUGGACGUCCUGAAAACAUCUGCGCCAUCCAGAAUUGUAAAUCUGACCAGCGCUGUUCAUCGAACAGGCCAAAUAAAUAUACAGAAUUUAAAUUGGGAUAAUAAUUAUGACGCUGGUAGAGCGUACAGUCAAAGUAAAUUAGCUAUAAUACUUUUCACUCGGGAAUUGGCGAGCAGAUUGAAAGGAACCAAUGUUACUGUAAACGCUAUCCAUCCCGGUAUAGUUGAUACAAACAUAACGCGGCAUAUGUUUGUAUACAAUAACUUUUUUGUACGAAUAUUCUUGAAGCCAUUUGCUUGGCCAUUUAUUAAAGCACCUCGGCAUGGAGCUCAAACUGUUUUAUACGCAGCAUUAGAUCCUAAUCUUACAAAUGUUUCCGGAUGUUAUUUAGAUAAUUGCGAAUCUAAGGAAGUAUCAGAGGAAGCAAAGAACGAUAACCUGGCAAAAUGGUUAUGGAAAGUCAGUGAAAAGUGGACAAAAUUAAAUAUCAUGUUACAGAAUUGAUCAUUGAUGUAUUGUCACGAUGUCGCAUUUAUGGAAAUCAGCAGACAAAAGCAUCCAAAAGAGAGUGCUAAAGCCGGGUGUUUUUACCAAGAAGCCAACGGAAUGCUCCACAUGCAGUAUUAUUGUAGAGAAUAUAAACAUUUCUGGAAUGUCUGAAACGGAUUUGAAAGAGAAAUAUCAUACUAAUAUUCUUGAUGGCGAGCUUGAGAAGACGGUGAUUAUAGGAGAA